AUGAAUCAGACACAAAAUAGUAGCGUCCUCCAGACGAAUAUAAACCACUGUGCAGGGGCUCAGGACCUCCUACUGCAGUCUAUCGCGCAGUGGCAGAUUGAUUUGGCCGUGGCAUGCGAGCCAUACUUCGUCCCCUCGCAGGCAAAUUGGGUUGGUGACACCGAUGACUUGGUGGUAGUAGUGUCUGCAAACAGCGCUGGCCCCUCUCUUUCAGCUGUCGAAAGGGGCCCCGGGUACGCGGUAGCUAGAUGGGGGGAGUACAUUAUCGUCGGGGUGUACUUUUCGCCUAAUCGUCCACUGGCUGAAUUUGAGGCUUUCCUCGACUCCGUCAGUGAGGCUGUUCGCAGACACAACGUAGGGCGCACGUUGGUACUUGGCGAUUUCAAUGCUAAAAGCCAAGCUUGGGGAAGUCCGGCCACUGACGCCAGGGGCAGGGCUGUACAGGUGUGGGCUGUGCACCAAGGACUCAACCUACUUAACAGAGGGACAACCUACACCUGUGUUCGCGAAGAGGGGGGAUCCAUAGUGGACUUGUCGUUUGCCACGCCUUUGGUCGCUGACAGAGUCACUGGUUGGAAGGUCUAG